AUCCAAAGUUCACAUACUUCGUAUUCGCAUUUGAGCCAAUAAAAGGCAUUUUCUUACUCAAAAUAUUUCUUUUCUCGGUUUAGUAAAUUAUCUGUUUUACGGUAACGUUAUUUGAAAACAGCAACAAUAAUCUGCAAGAAAUGAACUUUCCCCCAGUCUAAAUCUAAUGUUGCCAUUCAGAUCUCCCUUGAUGGCCGGAGGGGGGUACAAAUUUUUCUUCCUCCCUCUUCACGAGCUCACCGCGCCCCUCCUUUAGUGAUGCAAAUGAGUCGAAGCAAGGCCAUCGCGGGUGAAUGGGUUUGGAGCUGAGAGAAACGCUGGACUAUCAUUUCUACGAGCUCCAGCAGCACCGAAGAGGACUUUUUGUUGUCCCGCAGUUUAGAAGUUUAAACUGCACAGGAAUUUUAGUGACGGCAACCCAAUGUCAAACAAAUUAUCUCUGACAGAGUGAGUUAAUCUGAUCGAGUUUAUGUUUAAGUGUUUUUUGUCUGUGGUAAACACUGAAUUUUACAGUUAACUUUCUACCACGAAAGGAGACGCUCAGUAUAGUGUAGCCUAGUAGUUGGUAGCCAAAGCUAUGAACUCCUUGCGCAGCUGAUUAAUUUGAGGGUCAAGCUCCACAGAAGUGUUAGAAGCAAUAUAGGCCUCAGAUAGUCUUGUUUGCUGUUUAGUCUUUUUUACCUGUUGAAGUCCCGAGGAUGUACAGCAUGAACCAAUACGAAUUAAAAUCAUCGGGUCCCCAAAUCGGCCCGGGGAUGACUCCUGUGAACGGGAGCGCGCAUGGCGGAGAUCAACAUGGGGCCAAGACACCUGCAUGUCCAACUGGAGGUGAUCCCAUGGACAAGAUUAAGCGGCCCAUGAACGCUUUUAUGGUGUGGUCGCGUGGCGAACGACGGAAGAUGGCCCAGGAGAACCCAAAAAUGCACAAUUCGGAAAUUAGCAAGCGACUCGGGGCGGAAUGGAAGCUUCUCACUGACAAUGAGAAAAGGCCCUUCAUUGACGAGGCCAAACGCCUGCGCGCGCAACACAUGAAGGAUUAUCCCGACUACAAGUACAAGCCUCGUUGCAAGAACAAGCCGCCAAUGAAGAAGGACAAUCCUAUCGGAAAAUACCCACUGACGGCAGGCAACCUGUUGACUGCGGCAGGUGCACAGGGACCUGGCGGAAGCCCCCGAAUGGAGAGCUACGGAUGGGGGUCCGCUGGGGGGUAUGCGGGAAUACAAAGCAUACAGAACGAACCCCUUGGUUAUAAUCAGCAUCUCCAACGCUAUGAUUUGUCGGCCCUUCAAUAUCCCACUGCCAUGGCAACCGCAAAGACGAAUGGCGCCAACUUUUACAGCCCCAUGUCAUACAGCAGCAGCACCCAGCAGCCCAACCCGGUGAUGUCCAUGGCAAAGGCAGAGCCUGUAUCACACUCCCCCACAGCCCCCCCACCUCAACACUGGGGGGCUCUUCAGGGGGAUUUACGAGACAUGAUUAGCAUGUAUAUCCCGGGAGGCGAGACAAACGACUCACAGAGGGGGUACCCUGGAAUCCAGCAGCAGUACAUUGGAGGGGGCGUGUCCCACCCCCACAUGUGAUACAGUGAGGCAAGCUGAAAAAAUACAGACGGGAAUGCUGAGACACCUGUGCAGACGCCUGCCUCGCUCACCUGACCUCUGAAAGACCUCUCUCUGCCCAUCUUUAUAGGGACCCCUCUGUCUCUUGUUUAUAUUGAUGUGGUGAUGUAUAAGAGGCGCUUAUUGCUGCCAAACAGACCCCUUUGUAUGGUCUAUGGCAGUGGUUUCCAAAUUGCGAGUCAGGACCCACCAGUGGGUCUUGGGAGAGAAAUUUUUUGGGAAACUCUGGUUAAUGGUCAUGGGCCUCAUCCAGUCAGGGCCUCUGAGCCACGAGCCACAGGACCAGGGCUUGAACCCAUCCAGCCUGAUUGUAUUUUUUAUACUAGAAUCUAUCCAAGAAAUCCUUUGGAUUUCUGAAAGUCCUCCCUUCCUGCCUUGAUUUUUUAUUUGCUUGUUGUAACAAUUGAGCUCCCCCAAGAGACUCUCUAUCAGUAGUUUACUUCCUAAUCUCUUCUGUAAAAAAGUGUUUGGUGUAAAUUAGACAUAUUGUGUAUUAACUUCUCUUCCACAGUGCUGGUGAGACUCCAGAAAUGUUUAGGAUGUAGUUUCUUUUCUUUUUAAAUGAGUGGCAGUAAGAAGCAGCGAGAACAGUGGUGGAGGCACACUCACCUCAUCUUGGUCAUCAGGGUUUAAAGUUGGGAUCUUUCCCAGCACCUGAAUUACUCCUAGUUCUACUGUUCAUUACAGUUCCUAAUUAAGAAUAAAAACACACACUUAUACUCCAAAGAUCAACAAUAAUUUUAUGCACUCGUGGUGUUUGCCAUUUCAUCAAAACCAGUCUUCAAUAAUUCCCAGCCAACCGAAGGUUCCAUUGUAUUGACUUGAAGACUAUCUAAGACAGACAGACACCAACAGACUCCAACAGACACCAUUGGCCAAAAUAUUGUGACCAACCAUAUUUGUUUUGAGUAGUGUAAUGACACGUACAUCACUUGAUCACAUUAUUUUUGGAGGAGGUAUUCAUACAGGCUUUCUUUAGAAGAUCAUCAGUUUCAGAAACCAUUUAACCCGAAUCAUCAAUUAUUUUUAUACUGUUGCUAAAUAUGUGGAAGGCGUCAAUCAUUGUGAUUGAGUAUACUGUGAUGCCAUUAUUCCUGCAGUGAAUCAUGAAAGAGGGCAGGGAUAUCAAUUUAUUGACAGAAUUAUAUUAGACCUGAUGAUCACUGCUGUUGCACUCAACUAAAAUUCUUUUUUUCAUGUAAAAAUGUAUGUCCACCUCUCUGAUGUUCAAAUCAAAAGGUACUGUCUACUGUAAUACUGUAAUUUAUAAUAAACAGUCAGGAGGCAAAUGUUUCCAUUGUACCUUCAGUCUAUUCUUAACAUUUCAUCAUUGUAAAAUAUGUUCAGAACAUUGUGUGUUGAUGUAUUUACAAUCAUUUGGUAAAAUGUGUAAGAAUGAUGUUUCUCUCAGUUCUGAUAAUUAACUCUAGAAGCAUAUAUUAACAUUAAUAAAGUCAUUAUAAACCCAUACCUGCA